UCAAGCAUCGCAAGAAAAGCACAGGAGAAGAGCCCCUUGAAAUAUGCAGUUGUUAGGCAGAUGGAGUGUCUGGACCCGUCUCUCAUGUUCAGGAACCCAGACAAAUGCAAGAAUCAGAUGAAGUCUCUCGUUCAGACAUUCCUGAAGGACAAGCAGCUGGCAGGAGGUGUAACUGCUGGGGAGGCCAUUGUCCAACAAUUUGAAUCUUUCCUGUCCGUUGAGGCAAGGAAUGAAGAAUUUCUCGACUUCCAGCCAUUUGAGAAACGCCUAGACACCUUCCUGCAUGGGAGAUUAAGCCGGCCUUACCCAGCUGCUUGGGAUUUUUGCCAGAAGUUGCUGCUGCUUUCACAUGGCCAGGCCUCUGUUGAAAGGGGCUUUUCUGUCAACAAGGAGGUGGAGUCUGAGAACAUGCAAGAGGACACAAUUGUCACACACAGGCUCAUAUGUGACUAUGUUGCAAUGCAUGGGGGUGUCACACAGGUUCCCCUCACCAAGGAACUCAUGGCAGCUGUAGGUGCUGCCCGGUCAAAAUACAGACUCUUUCUGGACCAGGAGCGAACCAGAAAAGAAAAGGAAUCCCAGAGCCAGAAAAGAAAGCAAACUGAGGAAUCUUUGGAGGACCUUAAGAAAAGAAAAACAAGCUUGGAGGAGGUGUCUGUCUGUCUUGCCAGGGAUGCAGAUGCCCUUGCAGAAGAAGCCGAGGGCAAGGCUGGCUCCAAAAUGGCUCAGCUUCUCUCAAAGUCAAAUGCCCUGAGACGGGCGUACAAAGAAAAACUUGCCCAACUCAAAAGUGUUGAAACUGAGAUUGAUGCUAAGAGGGAUGAACUGAGACGAAUGUAGGGUGAUGUUGUAUGUAGAUGCAGUGUGGUAAAGUUACUUUGUUAAGACACUGGUUAAGAAGAUAACUGUUUAAAUAUUUUCAGUUUUAUUAUUGAAUUAAUUAAAUUUGUUUUGUUUAAUGUAAUCUUC